AUUUUAAACUAGUAAUUUUUAAUAUUAGUAUUUUUUUUAAUGGAGAUUUUUCCUUUAAUUUUUAUGACUUUUGUCGUUUUCGUGUUGAAAUCAUUUGAAACAGAACAAUACUCAGAGUAUCGCGAGAAUUAUAAAAAUUGUAUCAAAAAAGUGGUGAAUCACAUUCGUUCACAAAUUGGAUCAAAUCAAAUACUAAAUCUCAAACUAAAAAAAGAUUCAAUUUAUAUUACUGAUAUGGAGGUUAAUAAUCAAUCGAACAUGUUCGAGAAUUUAUUCAGAGAUUACUAUUUUAAUACAAUAAGUAUACUCAAUUUUAAGUACACAGAAAUACUUAAAAACUUUCUAGAUUACACGUAUUUUAUCCUCACUAUAUGUAAGCUAUUUCGUGAUAGAAAUUUAUCGGAAAAUUUUAAUUGUUGUGUAACAUCACUUGUAGAAGAAGUGAAAAAUUCUAAGACUAUGUUUGAAAAUCUCUAUAAUGCUAUGAAAUUUAUAAGCUACAUCGAUGUAAGAUUUAUGUUUACAAGACGUAAUGUGCCAAAUUCUAUAAUUGACGAAAUCGAUUUUUUUCAACAAUAUGUCUUACAGAAAAUAUCAAAAACCAGCCAUUUUGAUCUCAAUAGCUUACCAAUUCUUGAAGACUCUGAAAGUGUAUUUCAUAAUUUUAAUCAAUUUUAUACAGAAGCAUUAAAAAAAGUAAACAAUCUCUUUAAAAAUAAUAAUAUUAUCGACACUUCUAUAAAAACUGAUUUGAUAAGUGAAAUUAAAGAAUGCUCUAAUGAAAAUGAUUCUUACUUAGUAUAUUUAACAUGUAUUAAGCUUAAUUCAUUUUACAACGAAACCAUAGAAACUUGGUACAAAAAUCUUGGCUUUGAACAAUUUCUGGAUCCCAAAGCAUCUAAUUUCAUACCGCAAAUAGAACCAUUUAUAAAUCUAAAUUACGGAAUUAAAGCUCUCAAUAUUAUUCUUCGGGAAAAAGGUUGGGAAACAAUGGAUCACAUAAAUAUAAUUUAUAAUAACAAAAAAUUCAACGUAGAAAGUAUAAUAAAAGACCCAAUUAAUAGCAUAAAUUUUCAAAUAAAAAAAGAACAUGUAACACAAUUAUUAAGAUGCAGGUAUACAGAAAUACUGAAAAACUUCUAUACAUUAUUCUCUACUAUAUUGUCUAUUUGUAAAAAAGGUAAAAAAUCUGUUUUGCACAAUUGUUUGAUUCAAUUUUUUAACUCAUUCAACAAAUCUAAAAUAAUGUUUGAAGGAUUACAUUCAGCUAUAAAUACUUUAAAUAAAUUAUCAAUAUGGAAUUUUAGUUACAACUCUCAUUCGAAUUUAUUGUAUAUAUUAAAAUUGGUUGAAGAUGUUCUCAAUUUAUUUCAGAAAAAAGAGUUUUCACAAUUUAAUAACUUCGAUCAUCUUGAUAUGAAAAAAGUCGACGUUGACAAACAACUGGACUUAUUUAUAAAAUUUCGUUGUGAGUUUUGUGAAAAUUUAUAUAGCGAAUAUAAAAACAUUAAAACCCGUUGUUGUAUGAAAAACCCUUUUUAUGAUGAAACAAAUUUAAUAAUAAGUUUCAGAAAUUCAACAAAUACAAUACAUAAUCCUAAUAUACAGACAACAGAAAUUUAUCUAAUUGCAUGUGAUAAUUUAGAAAAUUUUUGUGAAAACGUUUACAAAUUUUGUUAUGAAGAAUUGGGUUUCAGAAAAAUUAACUAUCUUAUAUAAAGCUAAAACGGCAGAAUUAUUAAAUUUAUUGUGGAUUAAAUGGAUUAUUUAUCUACUUAGCAUUCAAUACAUAGUAAGGCUCAAUAUCAACGAGUUAUUAAUUAAAAAAUUUACCUGCACACUUGCUACAAUUUAAUUUUAAAAAUAUAUCAAUAAGUUAUAUAAAUAUAAUUUUGUUUAGUUAACAAUGUUAAGAACCGUCAUCAAUUCUGAUAUUUAAUACU